UGUCUCCAACUUUCCUCUUUUCAAUAUUUUCUUUUGAUUUUGUCAGAUUUAGAAGCCUGAGAGUUUUGUGACCAAAUCAGAGAAAAGGGACCUCUCAUCUCCCCGUUCACCAUUUCACCCUCUUCUUUCAUCAAUAUGCUUCUCUUGGUCGUUCCAUCUCCAAUCGUCGUUGAGCAUAUCUAGGAACACCUCCCAUCAAGUAAAUCGUUUCUUUCAUCUUUAGACUCAUCAUGGCUAUGUUAUGGGCUAACUGGUUAGCCGACCUAGAAACAAAAUGAAAAACUAAUGACCGAAAACUUUUAUUUUCCUUCUGAAUGUUUCUGAUGUGUGCGCUAAUUUGUGAUUUAUCCACUGAUCCUGUGUUGCAUUUGGUAAUGAUGGAUCUGGAGUCCCCUUCUACUAUUACAUCUGUUAAACCCAACUCGAUCCCUGUGAGCACAGCUUCGAAACAGGGGAGGGCUUCUGCAUCAAAGGCCGUGCCGACCGUACAAACCGGAGUUAAAGGCCAGAACUUCUCCGUUCGCAUUUCGUGCCACAAUCCCCGAAGCUGACUUAAGACUCAGGCAGUCAAACGAGGCAUCAAAAUUGAAUUUAAUAGACAGACCAUCAGGAGGUUUCCAGUUCUCCUUCUCCCCCACGAAGAGGUUCCUAUUUCUGUCUAACCAAAUCGACCAUAAUCCACAACCAAACAAGCGUCGUUGGGACUCCAUGCAACUUCAAAAUAUCCAGGACAUUCGCCAAAGACAUGCCAUAUGGUCUCAAUUCCCACCUUACAUUUGGGGCAUUUGUUGCUUUGGGUCAAUGGUUUGGCAUAUAAGUUGACCAUCGUGGGGAUGAAAUUCCAAGACACUCUCCAAAUCAAUAUCUUAAUUUUAUUGGGGAGUUGUAGAUCCCAUAGUUGUUUGCAGAAUUGUUUUGUUGUAAUCUGUAAAUCAUUAAAUCUAGGAGUAGAGUUCUAUGUCUGUAAUAGUUUAUAGGCACUUCUUACCGAAAACAUACCCGAGGGCUCACCGCGCCCAUAUUACCAUGUCAGCAUGCUCAUCCCUCGCAAGUGGAACCUGCAAGAUUCUGUCUGCAUCAUUCAUCUCGAAGUCAUGGCUGGAGUUGCACCUGAUGGAUCACAAUAUGAUGCUCGUCAAUACGACAGUAAAAUGAAUGAAUUGCUUGCUGAUGAUGGAAAUGACUUCUUUACUUCUUACGAUGAGGUCUACGAGAGCUUUGAUAAAAUGGGUUUGCAAGAAAACCUCCUAAGAGGCAUCUAUGCUUAUGGGUUUGAGAAGCCGUCUGCAAUUCAACAAAAGGGAAUCGUGCCCUUUUGUAAAGGUUUAGAUGUAAUUCAACAAGCACAAUCAGGUACCGGUAAAACGGCGACUUUCUGUUCUGGGAUCUUACAACAGCUGGAUUAUGGUUUAGUACAAUGUCAAGCUUUGGUUCUUGCUCCCACUAGGGAGCUUGCGCAACAGAUUGAGAAAGUUAUGCGUGCACUUGGUGAUUAUUUGGGUGUAAAGGUUCAUGCAUGUGUUGGUGGAACUAGUGUCCGGGAGGAUCAACGAAUCCUUGCAGCUGGCGUCCAUGUUGUUGUUGGUACCCCGGGUCGUGUUUUUGACAUGCUUCGUAGGCAGUCUCUUCGUGCAGAUUAUAUUAAGAUGUUUGUCCUCGAUGAAGCUGAUGAAAUGCUCUCUCGUGGUUUUAAAGAUCAGAUCUACGACAUAUUCCAGCAACUCCCUCCGAAAAUACAGGUUGGUGUUUUUUCUGCAACCAUGCCACCCGAGGCUCUUGAAAUUACCAGGAAGUUUAUGAACAAACCAGUCAGGAUUCUUGUGAAGCGUGAUGAGCUCACCCUCGAAGGUAUUAAGCAGUUUUAUGUCAACGUUGACAAGGAGGAGUGGAAGCUCGACACGCUUUGUGAUCUCUAUGAAACUUUAGCUAUAACUCAGAGCGUGAUCUUUGUUAACACCAGACGCAAAGUUGAUUGGCUUACCGAUCAAAUGCGGAGCCGUGAUCACACGGUAUCCGCCACCCAUGGAGAUAUGGACCAGAACACUCGUGAUAUCAUCAUGCGCGAGUUUCGAUCGGGAUCUUCUCGUGUGCUGAUCACCACUGAUCUAUUGGCUCGAGGGAUUGAUGUCCAGCAGGUCUCGUUGGUUAUUAACUAUGAUUUGCCAACACAACCGGAGAACUAUCUUCAUCGUAUUGGUCGAGGUGGUCGGUUUGGGAGGAAAGGUGUAGCGAUCAACUUCACAACACGAGAUGAUGAACGGAUGCUUGCCGAUAUCCAAAGGUUCUACAAUGUAGUGAUAGAGGAACUGCCUGCAAAUGUUGCGGAUUUGAUCUGAUUGAGUCAGCGUUUUCAUACACAAGAGCAAAGGUUGCUGUAGUAAAAAAAGAAAGAAAGAUUGUCUGUUUGUUUUGUGAGUGAAAAGGUUAAAGUGGAUUUGGCAUUCUUGACUUCAUUGUAUUCAUUGUUCUCUUUAUUUACAUUACUUAGAUAUUUUAAUUUUUUUUAAAAAAUGGUAUUUAAUUCAUAUUUUGAUAUAUAGACACAGAGUUUGGUUGCUUA